AUGUUUGGUUAGAAUGUUGAUACUUAAGACCUAAAGAUUCUUAAAUGUGUGCAUGAUUACAAAAUAAUGAGCAAGAAAUUAAAGAUUCGUGCCUUUGCCUAGUUUCAUUAAUGUUAAUAUAACUGCGUAAAAGACAUAAAUUCCAAAACAGUGGAGACUUGUUUCAAGCAAUGUGAAUUAGAAUUGGAUAAUUACUUUGAGGAGAAGUAGAAGAGAAAAAUAGGGAAUAAAGUGUUUUAUGCAUUACCUAUUUAUAACAAUUCUGAUCCAUCAAAGCAAUAUCUUAUUCCGUAAGAUUAGUAAGGAGAAUAUCAAAAAAAGACUAUACAAUUUGAAAUCGAAUCUCAACGUAAAUUAAAUGAAUUGAAAAACAUUCUAGAUGAACGUGGCAAGAUUUAUAAGUUGUGAUUUAUAUAUACACAUAUAUCUAUAUAAUGUAAAUAAAAUUAAUUUUUUAA